GCGCCAUUCAAGUAGAUGCCAUUUGAAAAACAAGCGCGAACACAAGAGUACUCCCAUCUUGAGGUUUCAACCAAAUCAAUUGUUCCCAUUUGUUGCAACCAGGCCAAACUAAAAGAGUGCCAGAUCGAAGAAUCUCUGAAAGGGGUCCGAUUUCACGUGAGUUCGGUUGAUUACGAAUUGGUCAAGGAAUGUUGGAAGGAACUAAUGUUUUUUGUGGAAGCCCUGCAACUCGAAGCCUUAGACUUGAACUAAGCUGUUCUUAGGUUUAUUUUUUUUAAGGCUGAAAGGAUA